AUGAAUAAGAUCAAUUAGAGUCCAUGUAGAACAUCUUAGGAAGUUUCGGAUCUUUCGAAAGCCUCUGCUAAUUAAAAGUUAUUAACCUAAAAAAUAACAGAAUUAGAAAAUAAUAUAAGACACUUAGAAUUAACAAAUAAAUAAUUAACUGAUUAAAUAAAUGAAUAUAAUAUUGAAUUGAAUAAAGAAAAACAAAAAUCCAAAAAUUAAUAUAAUGUAUCUGCUUAAAUUCAAAAUUAAAAGGAUCAAUAAUUACAAAAAAUGAUUGAUGAAAAUUAAAAGUUAUGUAAAACAAUUAGAAAAUUAGAAACUGAUAUAAAUAGAUUUUAUUAAGUCAAAGAUGAAAAUUUAAAUUUGAAAUAAGAGAUUUAAGUACGACUAUAAGAAAUUGAAGAAUUAAAAUAAUAAAUUCCAAAAAAUGAAGGUAAAUGGUAAUCUGAUGGAGCAUUAGGAGUAUUAGCCUCUAAAAGAAGUUAAGAAAUUUUACUAUUAAAAAAUGAGAACUAAGAAAUAAAACAAAAGAAUUAAGAUCUUUAAGCUAAAUUAAAUACCAUAUUAAAAGAAAAUUAGUAAUUAUAAUUUAUCAUUUAAUCUGAUAAUCCUUCUUAAAGACUUAAUUCUUAAGCUAGUUCAUCUAAAUAAUAUAAUUCAUCUGGUAAAAAAUAAGAUUAAACAAAUUAUAUUUUAAAUGAAUAAGUUAAUCAAUUAUAAUUAGAAUUAAAAGAAGCAAAAAAUACAAUAGAAAAAUUAAAAAAAUAAAAUACUUUAAUAUCAAACAGCAAUACACCAAAUAAUAAACCCUACUCUAGUAUUAAUAAGAGUAAUUCAAAUGAUAAAGUAUAAAAGGCUUAAUCAUUUAAUAUUUCAGAUAAUGAUAGAGAUAUUAAAAUAAGAGAUCUUGAAAAUUAAUUAAAAAGACUUGAAUUUGAAAAAUAAAAUAUAACAUAAAAUAUUAGAUUAGAAUGUGCUUAAGAUUUAAAAUAAUUAUAAGAUAAAUUACGAGAAGAAUAUGAAGCAAAACUACAAUUAGAAAGAGAAUAAGAUAAACCAUCUUAAGAAUAAGUAAUAAAAUUAAAUCAAGAAAAUUAAAAAUUAUAAAUCACUGUAUAAAGAUAAAAAAAAGAAAUCUAAAAUAUGGAAAAAAAACUAACAGGUAAUAAAAUAUAUAAUUUAUUUAAUAGAACUAUUAAUUUCUUAAGAAGAUAUUCAAUAAAGUUUAUAAAAAGAGAAGUAAUUUUAGGACUAUUUGAAAUAAGAAAAAGUAAAGCUUUAAGACUAAUUAAAAGAAAAGUAAAAAGAGAUUAAUGAACAUAAAGAGGAUAUCAUAAAAUUAGCAAAAGAAAGAUAAUAAUUGAAAGAUUAAUUGGAUAAAUCCAAAUAUGAAUCUAAAUUAAGUUAAAGUUAAGUCAGUAAUAAACCGAUUAGCUAAAAAAGUGAGAUAAGUAAAAAAUAUAAAUGA